GUAAAAAAAAAUUAAAAUAAAAUAUUCGAGAAAAAUUAAAAUUAUUCAUUUUUUCAUAAUUAUAAUAAUUUGAAAACGAAAAUAAAUAUAUUAAAUAUAUUUAAAUUUAAAAAUAUAAUAAUAACAAAUUUAAAAGUGAAAAUAAUUUGUAAAUAAUUAAAAUAUAAUAAAAAUUAAAUAAAAUAGAAGAAAAAAGAAAAAGAAGAGAAACAAGAAAUUCAAUACGAAUUUAAUGCGAAUCAAACACCAAAAUUGCAUAUAUUUAGGCGAAGCGAAAAAAUUUCUUUAUUUCCUAUUUUCAAUAUAGUUAAAUAAAAAAAAAAUAGAAAAUUAAAUUUAAUUUUCAAAAAAAAAAAGAAAUUUUAAUUUUUAUUCUCAAUUCUUUUUGAACAUAUACAUGUGCAUAUAUAAAGAAAAUAAUGUAAAUAUGUAAAUUUAUAAAAUGCCUAGAAAAAAUAUAUAAAUAUUUUUUUUUUGUUUUUGCAAAAUAAAAAUAAAAUAUAAGAAAAUUUUUUUUUUUGUAAAAAAAAAGUUAAAAGCUUUUUAUGUGAAUUUCGUAGUUGGAUUUUAUUUUUCUGAUUUUCUCUUGUAACGAGCAUAUUACAAGAACACGGAGAACGGAAUACAGCGAACGAGCACAAUAUACAAUAAAUGGAAAUUAGGGACAAGAAAAAAAAUAAAGGAAUAUAAACGAAAGGAUAAUUUUUGUACUAUUCUGGAAAUUUUUUUGUUGUUUUUAUUUUUGAUAUUUAAAAAUAGAUUUCAAGAAAUCAGUAAUUAAUUACAAAAAAAAAUAAAAAAAAAAACAACAAAGUAUAUAAGUAAAACAAAUUUAUCUAAAAAUAUUAAAAAUAUUAUGAGCUAUUGAAAAUUAUAUUCGAUAUACAAAUACACACAUAUGUAAGAAAGAGAGAAAGAGAGAGAGAGAUAUAAAAUAAAAAAUUAAUUCUAAAUAGGAAAAAAAGGAUAAAAUCAGAAUUUUAGUUUCCUUUAUAUACUUACAAAAAUAAAAAAAUAUAAGAAAAACAGAAAUAAAAACAAAAAAUAAAGAAAAAAAAAAAAACAAAGUGAUUUUUCAUAUUUUUCUUCUGAUUUUUUUUUCUCUUGAUAUUUUGACAUUUAAAAAGUUAAUUUAUUUAUUUUGUUGUUGUUUUUCUUUUCCUUUCUCAACAACAAACGUUUUUUUUGUUUAUUUGUGUUGUUUGUGUACGUGAUGAUAUUAUGUGAAUAAAUAAUUGUUGUUAUUUAUUAUUAUUUUUUCGAUAAUAAAAUACAAAAAAGUGCAUUCUCAUUCAAUUUAACUCAAAAUAUAUAAAUACCUAUAUAAAGAUGCAUAUAUACAAAUAUAUUCAAAAAUGUACAUAAAUCUUAUAUUGUAAUUACACACAUAAAAAAGAAGUACCUUCAUUCUAACGCAGUUAUAUAAAAAAAAAACGAAAUAUAAAAUUCAUAGGUAAUUAAUUCUACACAAAUUUACUAAUUAAAAAAAUAAUAUAAUUAAAAAAUAUUAAAAAUAGAAAAUUCUAAUUAUACCUUAUAUUUAAAAAAAAGAACAAAAGAGUGAAAUAGAAAAAAAAAACCAAAAAUAAUUAUAAAUAAAUUAUGGAAGUACCACCACCAAAAGUCCAUAGACAUCAUCGACAUAGAAGAUCAAAUAGACGUAAUAAUGAGCAAUCAUCAUCAACGGAACGCCAAUCAUCACAAAAUCAAAAUGAUGCAUCUUCACAAUAUCCUGUUAGUCCUUUAGCUAGAGUACAUGAACGUAAUCAACAAUUACAACAACAACAACAACAUGGCAAUAAUUCAAAUUCAUCAAUAUCUUUACCAUCACAUAAUAUACAAAUAGUUGCAUCAUUUCAUCCACAACAUAAUACAACUACAUCAACAGCACCAUCAUCAUCAUCAGCAACGCAACAACAACAACAAGAAAAUCCAGCUGUAUUAGUUAAUGGACAUGAACCAAAUUUAGAUGAAAUAAAUAAUGAUGAUAUUGUUAUUAAUAAUCAAGAUAAUAAUUCAUCAUUAAAUAAUGGACAACAACCAGGACAUGUUAUAUUAGUUUCUAAUGUACAACAACAGAAUAAUGACAGUGGUGGUGGUAUUGUAAGCGGUAAUAGUGGUAUUACUGGUGGUGGUAAUGUAAAUAAUACAAGUAAUAAUAGUAUUAUAAGAAAUCAAUCAGAAAUCUUAUCAACGAUUAGAAAUCAACAAAAUCAAUUAGAUACUAAUAAUAUAAAUAAUAUAAGACGUACAAUGCAAUUAACACCACAUGGUUCACCAAGACCAGGAUCAUCAGCAUCAACUGGUAAUAUUGAACAGAAUCAACAACAGCAACAACAACAGCAACAUAAUCAGACAUCAUUACAUCAUAAUGUACAUAAAGGUAUUAUGGGUUUCAUGGAUCGUGAAUUAAAAACAAAUACAAAUCCAAAAAAAACACAAUCACUUUCAGAUCCACAAGCAAGUCCAGCACAACGUUCAACCCGAAGUCGUAGUAGUUUAGAGAAAAGUCCGCGACGUAAACGUAGUAAAUCAGAAUCGCGUAGACGACGUGAACGUAAAUUAAUUGCUGCCGGUGAAAUGGAAGUAAGACAAGCAAAUGAAACAUUAAUGAGAUAUUUAAAACAAGUAUCUGAGAUGAAUGAUGCAUCAUUAUCUGGUGAAUUAGAAAUUGAUCAUAAUUUCGAUGAGAGACGUGUUCAUCGAAAAACGAAAUCACAACGAGAUAAACGGGGACAUUUAAUUAGUAAAAGUAGUGUUAAUAAAUUAUACGCCGCUGGCGGCGGAUUAUCAUCAAUAUUAAAAGAUUUAUCAGAAGAUAUUGUGCCAGGUAAUGAAAUUUAUAAUCCAUUUACACCGGUUGUAUCACCCACAGAAGGACCUCCAUCAAGAAUUGAUAAAAUGUUUAUACAAACAUCAUCCGGUUAUAGACCAGUCGAUUAUUAUAAACAUCAAAUAGAUCCUGAAAGCAAUAAACAUGAAAUUAAUACAAGUGUUAAUUUAUCGUGUGCCCUUCAAAGAAUAUGGAUCAUGGUUUCUAAUAUAUGUCAUGGUUUAUUAGGUGGCCUAGCAUUAGCACAUCUUUUAUUUAUAAUAACAAAUCGACCAUUAGAUUGGGUUGAUGGAGCUAUUAAACAUUAUUCAGCAUUUGCUGAAGUAUAUGCAAAUACAUUUUUUUGUUUGGCAAUAAUAUGUAUGGUAUCUAUAUUCGAUAGAAUGGAUUUAUGUCAUAUAGAUAUAACGAAUGCAUCCGAAUUAAUAUCAUUCCGUUGGAUAAUUAUUGCAAUGAUAUAUAUUGCGACAAUAAUAUUAACAUUAUGUGCUGAAACAAUCGAUGAAAAAUUAUACUUGACCAAUUUCAAUAUAACAAUAUUUGAAGAAGAAAUGGAGAACAAUCAAGUAUUAAAUGUUUGGAAUAGUUUAUCAAUAGCUCGUAGUAUUGGUGCAAUAUUUGGUUGGGUAAUGAUUGGUUUAUCACCUGGUGAAGAUUUACUCUAUGAAAAUCUCCUUGAAAUGGAAAAAUAUCAAUUGACAAAUAAUUAGAUUAUAGAAAAAACUAAAACAUCAAUAUACAUAUAUACAUAUAUAUAUAUAAAUAUAAUAAUUUAAUUUACUUAUUAAAAUUAUUAAGAAAACAAUAAAAAAAAUAAAUGCACUAAAAGCAUUAUACAUUAUAUAAAAAUCAUAAAUUUUCAAUUUCAAAAAAAUUAACUAUAAAUAUAUAAAUAUAUAUAUAUAAUGUAAAUGAUAUACAUAUUUGUAAAUAUAUAUAUACACAUGAAAUAUUAUUACCCUUUAAAG